UCCAGUAAACCGGCGGCCUGUAUGUGGCGGGACCCAGUUAAGGUUGGAGUGAAAGUUACCGUGGCAAGAACUGUCACACCACUGCUGGGGGGUCAUCACAAACUUUCUUAAGAAGAUAGUAUACUGUUGUGAAUGUAUAGGCGAGAGGAGAUAUCGCUCUAGUAUGACUGCGUUAAAAUCACCGUACAGCAUCGAGGGAAUCCUCGGGCGGACGAGCAACCCCUCCCGAGGGAGCGACGGAAGAGGGUCGGUGAUCGUAGCGGGACUUGGCCUGAUCGGACCAGCUCCAGGGGCAAAGGAAUCGCGCUCUAUCCUCGUACAAAAAAAUUGCGGCGGGAUGAAUGCGGAGGUGGCGACGAUCGGGAGAGCUGCAGGGCACGAGGACAAUAGCGGGGAGAGUGCCGCCCUGGAUUUCUCCAUUAAGAGAAAAUCAGCAGAGGACAAGAAAGACUUAAAGCAAGACUUAAACAGAAACCAUUUCUCGGAGAAAGACAUCAAAAAGGAGGACAUGCACGAGGGAGAGGACAGCGGGAGCGAGAGCGAUUGUGGGCCGCUGGGGAGCGACCUGCCACCGUGCGGCAGUCCAACAAGCUCCGGUGCCGUCCACGAGGACAAACUGAACGAUCUCUGUGACAGUAUCAACGGACAAGUGAAUUCUUUAGCUGGAAUCGACUUGGAAAACGGCGGGAAAAGGAAACAGAGACGCUACCGAACAACUUUCACAAGCUACCAGCUGGAAGAACUAGAACGAGCAUUUGCCAAGACCCACUACCCCGACGUUUUUACCAGGGAGGAGUUAGCAAUGAGAGUGGAUCUAACCGAAGCUAGAGUACAGGUUUGGUUCCAGAACCGGCGAGCCAAAUGGCGGAAGCGAGAAAAGGCCCAGGCCCAACAGCAAGCCCAAAUGCAGCUCCACCACCCCGGGGGCCUCCCGGGGGUCCAUCCCUACCUGGACAUGGGCUGUGCUCCCCACCACCCUGGGGAACAUCCCCCGGGGGUCCCCGGUCUAAGCUGCCCGCCGCUGUCCCCUCUCCCUCCCGCCCUCCACCCUGGAUCGUUCCCCCUCCACCCUGCCCUCGGCGGUGGGCUGCUCAGAACGCCGCUGGGUCCGGCGGGGUUCUCGCCGUUUCUCCGCGGGGCCGCUCCCGUGUUCCGCCCAAUGCUGCAGGUGGACGGCUUGCAGGCGCUGGCUGAGUCCGACCGCCGGGCAUCCAGCAUCGCCACCCUCCGCCUCAAAGCCAAGGAGCACUCGGCACAGAUCGAAGCGCUGGGACAACACGCUAAACCUGCCACACUGAAGGAGGUGUGCUCCUGAGGACUACGGGCUACAGGGGCGGGCCAGUAGGCUGUGUAGGGAUUUGAGGAGGGU